ACCUGUACGACAGGCCAAAAGAGAGUUCCAUAAUCCAUACCAGUCACCGCAACACACUCAUCAAAACGGCGCCGUUUUGGGAGACCCAAAGGGAUGAUAUAGCCAUAGAGCCAUAGAGGCAGGCUCCUCUGCUCCGUAGAAGAAAGUUGCUGCGGUCUCCUUCCUCCUUCAUUCUCUCUUUCGCUGUGAUUUGAAUCACAGCCGUUGAAUGGCAUCACAUGGGAUGGAUGAUGUCGUUCUCGACGAUAUAAUCCGACGGCUCUUGGAAGUCCGAUCGGCCAGGCCCGGCAAGCAGGUUCAGCUCUCUGAGAACGAGAUCAAGCAACUCUGCGUUGCAUCCAGGGAAAUUUUUCUUCAGCAAUCCAAUCUUCUCGAACUCGAAGCCCCUAUCAAGAUUUGUGGUGAUAUUCAUGGGCAAUACAGUGACUUGUUAAGGCUUUUUGAAUACGGGGGGUUUCCUCCUCACACCAAUUAUCUAUUUUUAGGGGACUAUGUGGAUCGUGGCAAGCAAAGCUUGGAAACAAUAUGCCUUUUGCUCGCCUUUAAGAUUAAAUAUCCAGAGAACUUCUUUCUUUUAAGAGGAAAUCAUGAAUGUGCUUCUAUUAAUCGGAUAUAUGGAUUUUAUGAUGAAUGUAAGCGCCGGUUUAACGUGAGACUUUGGAAGGUUUUUACUGAUUGUUUUAACUGCCUUCCAGUGGCAGCUCUUAUAGAUGAUAAAAUAUUGUGCAUGCAUGGUGGCCUAUCCCCUGAUCUGGCAAACUUGGAUCAAAUCAGAAAUUUAACACGUCCAACUGCUAUUCCUGACAGUGGUUUGCUUUGUGAUCUACUCUGGUCAGAUCCAGGUAGAGAUGUUAAAGGAUGGGGGAUGAAUGACAGAGGUGUCUCAUUUACCUUUGGGCCUGAUAAAGUGUCAGAAUUCUUGACAAAACAUGAUUUAGACCUUGUUUGUCGUGCCCAUCAGGUUGUGGAGGAUGGAUAUGAAUUCUUUGCCGAUAGGCAACUUGUUACCGUAUUCUCAGCUCCCAACUACUGUGGUGAAUUUGAUAAUGCUGGUGCAAUGAUGAUUGUAGAUGAAGACUUGAUGUGCUCUUUCCAAAUUCUUAAGCCAGCAGAGAAGAAACCUAAGGUUUUGAUGUCCACAAAAAUGUGAUGGCUGCUAUACAAAUCCUCCCUAGAUUUACCAAGGAAUUCAACAGCUCUGCCCUCGUCUUUUUCUUUCUUGUAGAAAUCUUUCACAAAAUGGCUGAAAUGAAAGUGGUAGAUACCAGCUUCAGAACUUUAUUCUAACUUCAGGAGAUGCAAGCACCAUGCUUCAUUCUAUAAAUUAUGAUCCAUCCACCGGGUGAUUGGAAAGGAACUCAACAUAUCAGUUAUGGGGACGGAUGCUGUGUGGAGUAGCAUAGGCCAGAAGUUUUCUCAUCCUCUUUUACCUUUUCCUGUACUACCAAAAUUGCAGUGCCUUUGUACAUAUAUUUGGUCUGGAAACUCAAUAGUAAGUUCAGUUCUUUUCUGUGGUGCCAGAAAUGGCAUCGUUCAGACCCUGAAGAAGCCUGUUGUUGUGCAUGGUGGGUCUUCUUCCAGUGAUGAAGCUGUUUGUAUUGAUUGGAUCACGUAUUCUGAUGUUCAAGAGGUAAUGGAAAUCACAACUGGUGGAGUGUUUGUUGUAUUUUAAAACUCUAGUGUUAUGGUGACGGGCAGCCACAAUUCUGGAGAGUGGAUUAAGAUUAUUUCUAAUUCUGCUGGUGCACUAUUCAUUUUAAGUUGAAAGAAAUUGGUCUCCUUGGACACAUAUUCAAGGCAAUUGAAUCUC